UCAUUCACUGUCAAGCUUGUUUAUCUAAAUUCACCAUUGCCAGAAAAAUUUUAGCAAUGUCUUUGACAUGGAACAAGGACAUUAUUUAGUAUCACCAUUUCACCGAUCCGCAUCAUACCCCCAAACUUGGAUGAACGAAAGGUUUGCAAACAAACAGCAUGCUACCACGCAGACAAAUUCCGAUAUAAAUUUUGAAAAAAGUGUAAUUUCUCUCGAUGAAGAAAAUAAACAAGCAUACGAAUCAGCUAUAAAUUUUAUAAACAGAUUUCAUGAAGUUUUAAACGAGACAAUGGACAUGUCGUCCGCAAGUGGUGAUUUUAAUUACAAAGAAAAUAAAUUUAAGUUUCCAGAAAUACCAAACUACGCUUCUCUCAUAUUCUUAGUUGAUGGCACGAUGGCUCCAAGUCAAAAUUAUGAAAAACAAAAAGAUGAACAAUAUACAGACAAACCUCUUAUUGAAACGAUACCUGAAUCUCCCAUUGAUUUAUUGAACCCAAAUUAUUUUAGUGAGGAUAAUGUAACUUACAACAAAACGAAAUUCAGAAAACUCUUUCAGAAUAUAAGUGCUUAUGAGUUUAAUCAAAAUAACACAGAUAAUUGCAGUGAAUCGAUCAAGUCAGAAGAGUUUCUAGAAGACCAUAAAAAAACUGAUGCUGAUGAGAAUCUUCAAACACAAAGUGAAUCUGAUAAUUUUUUUAAAAAAGAUACAUUUUUGGAUCACAAUAUAAAAGUGCUUGAAAAUCCCACCAAACGAAUGCAGUUGGUAAAGUCAUCAUUUAAUAUUGUUAAUAUUACACCUACACCGUGUAAUAAUAUAGAAAACUAUUCUCAAAAUAUGGACAGAAGUAAGAGCAAAGAAAAAUGUCAGAUAAAAAAUAUUUUAGCGCCAAAUAUGACUGAAGAUAUCCCAUUGGUUCCAAUCUUGAACAUUAAAUCUACUACGACAAAAAAGGUUAAAAACAUGUUUGAUAAGAUAUCUCCUAAACAAUCAUUUAUUUGUCACCAAAAUCAAAAUAGCACGUAUGAAGACAGUUCUGAUGCAGAUAGUGUAAUUCUUGACGAUGAACAAUUUGAAAGAAGACAUCAAACUGUUAAGUUUAAAAAAUCUGUUGAAAGAGUUCCAGAAAUCAAACAGCACGUUGAGAAGACACUUUCCUUUCAACUAAGUAGUGAGAAGAAACUUCCCUAUCAACUAAGUAGUAAGGAGCACGUUGAGAAGACUCUUCCCUUUCAACUAAGUAGUGAGAAGACACUUCCCUAUCAACUAAGUAGUAAGGAGCACGUUGAGAAGACUCUUCCCUUUCAACUAAGUAGUAAGGAACACGUUGAGAAGACCCUUCCUUUUCAAUUAAGUAGUAAGGAGCUGUCACAAGUAAAUAAAAAGGCUUUAAGCGCUAUUGGACUGUUUACGAAUGGAGGAGAUAUCAAACCAGAUAUAAUUAAUAUUUUGGAAUCACAGAAAACUUUAGGUAACGACAUAAGAAACAAAAGAUUCAGGAGCAAACGUCAACUGGAUUUUCAAUUUCAUUUAAAACCGAAAAUUGACUUUGAUGAUUCUAUACAUUCUCUAUCUAGUGAAAUAUUUUGAGUUGCUCUUCUAGCAAUACACUCAAUAUUUGGUGACUUACUCAUUGUACUCAGUAUUGGUCAUAUACUUACGUAUAUGAGCAAUAUACUUUAACAACAUUCAAUGACCAAGUAUAUAACUAGAUCUGGACAUACUAUAAACUUAUAAACGAUACUU